GCCAAGGAAAGGCCCUCUUUGGGGGUGGGGAGCGGCGGCGUAUGACCCUCGCCGCCUGUGGGGAAGACCCUCCUGGAGGACAGAGCACCAGCGGUGCAGACGCCGCCGGGGAUUGCCCGGAGGCGGUGGGGAGCGCGCCAGCGACAGCUUGUGCGCCUUCGGAGCCAGGGAAGGUGCCGGCCAUGACCCGGGGGCGCCCGCAGAGGACAGGCAGCACCGCAAGAUUUGGAGGCGCCCCCGUCCGGUGGCCCCGGGACGGGUGCGACUCUGGGCGCGCCGGGGCCGGGACCGGGGCCGGGGCCUGGGGUCGGGGCGGCUGGGGAAGGGGAGGAGCCCCACGGCCCUGCCAGAGCCCCGCGGGCUGGGGAAAGUGAAAGGGCGGCGGGGCCUCCAGCGCGCCGCUCCAGGAAGUCGCGAGCAGGAAGCGCCCGCGGCGGCCGGGCCGAGCUGCGGUGCGCCGGCCUCGGUGGCGCAGGGCUUGACGUGCCGGGAAGACCCCUCGCCGCUAGCCACCAGCCCUCCAGCCUUUGCGGCCCACGCCGUGAUUCUGGCGACCAACAAGAGAGCAGAGCCCCUGCCAGGAGGAAGGGGCAAGAGCCAGCAGGACCCCUUCUUUCCAUGCUUUCCAGCCUGUGGGAGUGACGGCGGCAGAGAGAGAACCUGGAGCCGGGAUUCAUGACCUAUUUAUGAAGCAUCUUAUUCUGGGACGAGGCUCUGUGGUCAGUGGAGACAUAAAUGGCUCGACUCCCUGCAGGCAUUCGCUUCAUCAUCUCAUUCUCCAGGGAUCAGUGGUACAGAGCCUUCAUUUUUAUUUUGACGUUUCUGCUGUAUGCAAGUUUUCACUUAUCUCGAAAGCCUAUCAGCAUCGUGAAGGGUGAGCUCCACAAGUAUUGCACUGCUUGGGAUGAAGCGGAUGUCAGAUUCAGCAGCCAGAGCAGCAAGGCUGGGUCCAUUGCCCCCCACCAGCUCCCUGAUAAUGAGACCGACUGUGGCUGGGCACCGUUUGAUAAGAACAACUAUCAGCAGCUGCUCGGGGCCCUGGACUACUCCUUCCUGUGCGCCUAUGCCGUGGGGAUGUACCUCAGUGGCAUAAUUGGGGAACGCCUGCCGAUCAGGUAUUACCUAACGUUUGGGAUGCUCGCCAGCGGAGCCUUCACCGCCCUGUUCGGCUUGGGGUAUUUCUACAACAUCCAUAGUUUCGGAUUCUACGUGGUAACUCAGGUCAUCAACGGACUGGUGCAGACCACCGGCUGGCCCAGCGUCGUCACCUGCCUUGGCAACUGGUUUGGAAAAGGAAGGAGAGGUUUGAUUAUGGGGGUCUGGAACUCCCACACCUCCGUGGGCAACAUCUUGGGCUCAUUGAUUGCUGGCUACUGGGUGUCCACGUGCUGGGGGCUGUCCUUCAUCGUGCCCGGGGCCAUCGUGGCAGCCAUGGGGAUAGUGUGCUUUCUCUUCCUCAUUGAACAUCCGAAGGACGUCAGGUGCUCCUCCACCCUGGUGACGCACUCAAAAGCCUAUGAGAAUGGUACAAACAGACUGAGACUCCAGAAGCAAAGCUUGAAGAGCGAAAAGAACAGGCCCCUGGACCCAGAGAUGCAGUGCUUGCUACUGUCAGACGGGAAGGGCUCCGUCCAUCCAAACCACAUGCUCAUUCUCCCCGGGGACAGCGGGAGUGGCACCACUGCCAUCAGCUUCACAGGCGCCCUGAAAAUUCCAGGCGUGGUCGAGUUCUCGCUGUGCCUGCUGUUCGCCAAGUUGGUCAGCUAUACCUUCCUCUUCUGGCUGCCACUGUACAUCACGAAUGUGGAUCACCUUGAUGCCAAAAAAGCGGGGGAGCUCUCCACCCUGUUCGACGUGGGCGGGAUCUUUGGUGGUGUCCUGGCAGGUGUGAUCUCAGACCGACUGGAGAAAAGGGCCUCCACCUGUGGCCUGAUGCUGCUGCUCGCUGCCCCCACGCUCUACAUCUUCUCCACCGUCAGCAAGAUGGGGCUCGAGGCCACCGUCGCCAUGCUGCUGCUCAGCGGAGCCCUGGUCAGCGGGCCCUACGCGCUCAUCACGACCGCAGUCUCCGCCGACCUGGGGACUCAUAAAAGUCUGAAGGGUAACGCGCACGCCCUCUCCACCGUGACCGCCAUCAUCGAUGGAACUGGCUCUGUAGGAGCAGCCCUGGGCCCCCUGCUGGCCGGGCUCAUCUCCCCGUCCGGCUGGAGCAAUGUGUUUUACAUGCUGAUGUUCGCCGACACCUGUGCCUUACUGCCAUGCUGUCACACGGGGGGAGCAGCCCCAGCUUCUUCCACCUGAAGGGAUGGGAGAGAAUAAAGGAGCACAGAGGCUGCCAGUGCAGACAACAAGCCACCGUCUGGCUUCCGCCACCUUUCCCCUGGGCUCCUGCUUCCUGUCCCCUCCUGUGUUGAGAAAGUUUGAGGUUUUCUUCUGGGUAGGGAAGACCAGUGAUGAUGUCACAGUCACGUAGAUGUGCACCUGUGAGAGGCGCAUAUGCUUAUCUUCACAAGUCAUCUGGCACGCAGUCCUCAGACCCACAGCUGUGUCUCUCCUCUCGCUCCACCAGGCAAGACCUUAGGCUGAUACCAAUAAAAAUGAGUUGAAAAUUGUAGAAAUAUCAACUCACUCAAUUAAAUGGAAGUCUUAUAUUUUAAUUCCAGGAAAUUCUAAAACCCAAUUUCCCUACCACAUACAAAAUCAAAUACCAGCUCUCAACCUAUGAACUUAUUAGGUUUAAAUGGCUGUUCUUUGGAUUAUUUGUGGGGGUUUAAUGCCAGAGGUUUCUACUGGAGCCUCCAAAUGUAGUUCCACUAGUUAGCAGUAAAAUUCCCGUCAUGACAACUGUUCAGAGAAUCUGAAACACCUUCUUCAGAAAUACCCAGUAAUAUAUAUUGAAAAUUGUUUUGAGGCACAGCCAAACUCAUAAGAAAGUAAAGGAAUUCCCCAAGAGCCCAAAUUGUAAAGGCAACAUAAAUAUACAAGCUCAUGACAGAGCUGUCCAGGAGUGAUGCCAGUCUCAGGAAUCAAGGGGUUGGGGUGGCUGUGCCCACACAGGGUAAGAGACAAGGUGUUAGGCUGGCACAAGAUGAGGAGUUGGAACUGGAGACUUCCUCAUGGAGCCAGGACCUGGAAGGGCCAUGCUUGCAGCGAAAGAGUGUACUAGAUGACAUCCGCACACUGGCACAGGAAGACAAUGGGAAUCGACCCAUCUUAGCCAGAUCCGGGGGAAAAAAUCUCCCCUGAGAAUUUUUAACCAUAGACCUGCCCACAGUCAGCCUUGAUCUUUGAGCUUAUAUAAAUAUAUUUAAAAUGAACAAAGUUGGUCUGUAGGCAGUGAUAUACAUGGUUCUUAUGCAGAAGCAAACAGGGACAAGUCUCAACCCUGCCACACAGGAAUUCUGUAGCUACCACCCUACUAAAGAUGAGCUUACAAUCCAAAGUUAUGAAACAUAAGGAAGCAAUCCACUUUGAAUGACAGUAACAGACAUAAAAAUGGUGGAAUUGGACUCCCCAAAACUGCAGAUAAAAGAUUUAUAUAAACUGAAAAUAAAUAUAUACAAUGUGACCGAUGACAUAAGAAAAGGAACUGACCUCAUGAAAAGAAGAAUAGGACACUCAAAAAGACAGAACAGGCUUGAAAAACCAAACAGAAGUUAUAGAAAUGAAAACUGUGAUCUGUAGCCUGGAAAAAACUCAAUGGAUGGGUUAGAAAACCACAUUAGAUACAGCCGAAGAGAAGAUUACUGAAGUGAAAUAUAGAUAUGAAGAAAUUAUGCAGAAUUCAGCACAAAAAGAGAGAUGGAAAAUAUUAAAGAGAAAUUAAAUAUCAAAUGGAAGACCAAAUGAGAUGGCCUAAUAUCUGAAAGGAAUUUCAAGAGAAAGAUAAUCCACUAGAGUCGAAGCAAUCUUUUAAGAGAAAAUAGCUGAGAAUUUUCCAUAUACAUGAAAGACAAACAUUCUUAGAUUCAGGAAUCAAACUGCUUAGGAUUGUGUAGCUGGAUAAAUUUAUCUGUACCUAGACAAAGAAUAAGGGUGAAGUGAAAAUGUUUUUAACCAAAGGUGCUCCCAGCAAAAAUUGCUAAACAAUGUAUUUAAACAUGGAAGGGACCAGGCCCGGUGGCUCUUGCCUGUAAUCCUAGCACUUUGGAAGGCCAAAGCGGGUGGAUCACCUGAGGUCAGGCGUUCAAGAGCAGCCUGGCCAACAUGGUGAAAACUCAUCUCUACUAAAAAUACAAACAAUUGGCCGGGCAUGGUGGCAAGUGCCUGUAAUCCCAGCUACUUGGGAGGCUGAGGCAGGAGAACAGCUUGAACCCGGGAGGCGGAGGAAGUUGCAGUGAGCCGAGAUAGUGCCAUAGCACUCCAGUCUGGGCAACAAGAGCAACAAAAAAACAAAAAAGGAAGAUAGAUCCAGGAGGAGAGUCUGAGAUGCAAGGAGAGAGGCAAACAGAAAAAGUGCUCUUCCUAAGGGUGAAUCUAAAUGAGUACUGCCCAUGUAAACUAGGGGCCAGCCAGCUGUGGCCUAUUUUCGUAUGAUUCUCCAACUGGGAAUGGUUCAUAUUUUUAAAGAUUUCUUUAAAAAAUCAACAAAAGAAUGUGCAACAGAGACCAUAUGGCUGCAAAGCCUGAAAUAUUUACUGUCUAGACCUUUACAGAAAAAGCUUUCUGACUCUUAAAACAACAGCAAUAAUGACUAAUUUGGGCGAUAUAAAAAAGAACUGGCAUACUGGGUAACUAAAAUGUAAGGUACAAGUGGGACAGAGUCCAGCACAUUGCAGUUCUUACAUCAGCAAGUCAAUAGCAGUAGAGUGUGUGACCUUCAAGGCAAGAGAGGGGAAUGAAGACUUCAUCCAAGAGAACUAGGGUCAGGCGAAGCCUAGAAAAACAGGGUAAAUAUAGAUAUACACAGCGACAUGGAUGAACGUUAUUCCAGCAUACCAGCAACACGGUAACUGGAAGUGGACUAAGCUCAUCAGGAGCAGACAUUGUCAGGUUGCUUUUAAAAAUACAGGCACUGGUUAUUUACAAGAAACACACCUGAUACAAUGGAAGAAUUCUGAAAAGACGAAAGCAAAGGACGGGAAACUACACGACAGGUGAAUAAUAACCAGAGGAAGCUGGAUUCGCUGCACUGGAAGAGAGAGACCUAACAGCACUGGGGUGAAGCACUGGGGCGACGGGGCUUGUCUCAGGGGAGAAGGAACAGCACCGGAUGUGCAGCCGGCCCACGAGCUCGCACUGGGCUUUUCAAACCUAGGAACUAGAUAUACCUUUUUCUCUUCCCUGAUCAACAUGAUUUUUGGUAUCGUUUCUCCAAAAUAGACAAGUGCCUCCUCCCAAGUCUGGGGCUGAGAACCUCUGUGAUCUGAGCAGGUGUCCUGGGGGCUGGAGGGCACCAUGCUUCCUGCCUCGUCACGCACACUGAUGGCCGGCUGUGGGCCUGCAGGACCGCCUCGGCACACGGUGGAAGGCCUCAGGUCUGCAGUGCGUGUCGCCUGGGCUCCUGGAGUUGGCAGGGCCCCUCCUUGUUGGUCAUCCUUGCACGCGUGAGCCAAGCACUUGGGCAUGUUUUGAAAUCGGAUCUCUGUUCUUCAGAACUGUUACGCUGACAGUUCACCCCACACCACAGUAACACUUGCCACUGAAUUCUUCACCUUUUUCUCUUAGUCAUAGGCCUCUUCAGGCUGGCGCUGUUCACACAUCGCACUUGGUAGCAUGUAGAUGUGGGUAAGGUCCCGGCUGAAACACAGCAAUCCUGUGCCAGGAGCUGGAGCUAGAGGUUCAGAUUCACGCAGAUGGAUUUAUUUAACAAGAAUCUUACUGUUGUUGUUAGCACCUGGCUGUGUUUCCACAACCUUUACCACCUAAUUGUCGCAAACACCAUUCACGCUACAAGCGACUGGGUCCAUCUUACCUGUAGGAGGGGGCCCUGCUCUCUCCAGCUGGAACUCACCUCAUACAAGGGACUGCUAAGUUCCUACUUGAACCAGAAGCACCUAAGAAAAUACAAGAGUUUCUGCCUUCUAGCGCUCUGGCCUGAGGCUUGUGGGUGGAGCUGUGUGUGUGGUUUUAAGGAGCCCCUGGAGACCCUCCUCCAGUACCCCCUCCCCGCCUCCCCUGGCCCAGUGAUCCACCCUGGGUCUGAGGGCAUCUGCUGCUCUCUGAGAGCCCUCCUGUGGGCUGAUGCCACACUUGGGGAAGAUUGGAACCACACUGGAAAAUGCAAAUGCACUAGUGAAAUCAGGGGUAGCGCAAUCAUUUGUCUGGAUAUGCAAGCUGGCGUUGAGCCCUCUAACAUGUGAAGGGCGAUGAGCUAAAGCUCUGGGUCAGGGGAAUGCCGAGGCUGAGGUGUGAUGGUGGUGGAAAGCCCUGGGCCCCACCGGGCCUGGCCUCCGAGGGGCUGCCAGUGGCAUGCAGCUGUCCUGUGGCAGCCUCUGCAGACCCCAGGGCUGGUGUCGGAGGAGAUGUGCGCCUGACUUUAGAGUCACCCGAGAGGCUCGCAGGCCACCAGCAUGGUGGGCCUCUUGUGUUUAUUUUCUUUUUCCCACUGUGGUCAUUUUGUGAUUGGACUCAUUUUAUUCUAAACAUGCCUUGAACCCAGAAAUAGUUCAGGCUGCGUCUUUCCCGAAAGCCUUGUUUUCAGGGCGCGUCCUGGCUCUUCGUGGGUCCUCAUCAGACAGCCCUGCCCACAGGCGCCAAGACCUGGGGCUGGGCAUGCUCACUCCCUGC